GGAGCCGGGCAGGAGGCUGCAGCGGGGCCGCUGAGGCACCUUUCUGGGACGGGCCUGGGACCGGGGCCAGCAGCAGACAUGGGGCAGAGUGAGUCUGAGCCUCAGGAUGAGCAGGAGGAUGCAGCGCUCACAGCCGUGCUGCCCAACCUUAAGCUCUUUGUGGAAGAUCAGCUCCAGACCAGCAUGGUGCUGGGUGUCAUGAUUGGCGUUGGUGUUUCCAUGUUGCUCAUCGCCACCUUGAUCCUGGUGCUGGUCCGCAGGCUGCGCCUCAAGAAGGUUCAGGCUCAGGAGACGCCCAAGUAUCGAUUCCGCAAGCGGGACAAAGUGCUGUUCUACGGGCGCAAGAUCAUGCGCAAGGUGUCCCAAUCCACCUCCUCCCUUGUGGACACAACAAUCUCCAGCACCUCCCGGCCCCGCAUGAAGAAGAAGCUCAAGAUGUUGAACAUUGCCAAAAAGAUCCUGCGCAUCAAGAAGGAGCUGCCCAUCCUGCAGCUGAAGGAGCCGCCGCCCUCAGUGCUGGAAGCGGAUCUGACUGAGUUUGACGUGGCCAACUCCCACUUGCCGUCCGAGGUGCUGUACAUGCUGAAGAACGUCCGGGUGCUGGGCCAUUUUGAGAAGCCGCUGUUCCUGGAGCUCUGUAAGCACAUGAUCUUCCAGCAGUUCCAACAGGGCGAGUACGUCUUCCGGCCUGGCCAGCCCGACACCAGCAUCUACGUGGUGCAGGAUGGCAAGCUGGAGCUCUUCCUGACCCAGCAGGACGGGAAGGAGACCCUGGUGAAGGAGGUGUUCCCCGGGGACAGUGUGCACAGCCUGCUCAGCAUUCUUGAUGUCAUCACGGGGCACCAGCGGCCGUACCGGACCGUGUCUGCGCGGGCAGGUGAGGACUCCACAGUGCUGCGGCUGCCAGUCGAGGCCUUCUCUGCCGUCUUCGAGAAGUACCCCGAGAGCCUGGUGCGGGUGGUGCAGAUCAUCAUGGUGCGUCUGCAGCGGGUCACCUUCCUGGCCCUCCACAACUACCUGGGGCUGACCAAUGAACUCUUCAGCCACGAGAUGCAGCCGCUGCGGCUCUUCCCCCAGCCCAGCCAUGCCUCGCGCACCAGCCCUGUCAGACACAGCAAGCGCGUCAUCAGCGUCUCCUCCAUCGACGACCAUAAGGAGAGCUCUGGGAGGCAGCCAGAUGCCAGCACCAAGGACCUGGCUGAUCAGCUCAAGCUGGGGACCCUGGAGUCCUCUGCAGUGCCACUGCUGAGCCGCUGCAUCUCCAUGCCAGUUGAUAUCUCAGGCCUCCAGAAGGGCCCUCGCUCAGACUUCGACAUGGCCUACGAGCGCGGCAGGAUCUCGGUGUCAUUGCAGGAGGAGAGCACCGGCACCAUGGCCUCCUUCUCCCGGUGUCCACCCCCGUCUCUACAGUCUGUCUCCCAGGAGCCCAAGGAGCGCAGGUCAGUGAUGGUAGAGGAGCAGCCACCCGGUACUUAUCACUUCAACUACUGCGAGGACGACUCAGCAGGCGGUGCCUGCCCCUUUGGGCCUUACCAGGGCCGCCAGACCAGCGCCAUCUUCGAGGCUGCCAAGCGGGAGCUGGUGAAGCUCAUGAAGAUCGAGGACCCCUCACUUCUCAACAACCGGGUGCUACUGCACCACGCCAAGGCCGGGACAGUCAUCGCCCGCCAGGGGGACCAGGACGUCAGCCUUCACUUCGUGCUGUGGGGCUGCCUGCAUGUCUACCAGCGCAUGAUUGACAAGGCGGAGGAUGUGUGCCUCUUCCUGACGCAGCCCGGCGAGAUGGUGGGCCAGCUGGCUGUGCUGACCGGGGAGCCUCUCAUUUUCACCAUUAAGGCCAACCGUGACUGCACCUUCCUCAAGAUCUCCAAGUCGGACUUCUACGAGAUCAUGCGGGAACAGCCCAGUGUGGUGCUGAGUGUCGCCCAUACUGUGGCUGCCCGCAUGUCCCCAUUCGUGCGCCAGAUGGACUUUGCCAUUGACUGGAUGGCAGUGGAGGCUGGACGGGCCUUGUACAGGCAGGGCGACAAGUCAGACUGCACCUACAUCGUGCUGAAUGGGCGCCUGCGCUCUGUCAUCCAGAAAGGCAGUGGCAAGAAGGAGCUGGUCGGGGAGUACGGUCGUGGUGACCUCAUUGGAGUGGUGGAAGCCCUGACCCGGCAGCCCCGAGCCACCACCGUCCAUGCCGUGAGAGACACAGAGCUGGCCAAGCUGCCCGAGGGCACUCUGAACAACAUUAAGCGCAGAUACCCCCAGGUUGUGACCCGCCUGAUCCACUUGCUGAGCCAGAAAAUCCUUGGGAACCUACAGCAGCUGUGCGGGCCCUUCACAGGCUCCAGUCUUGGUGUGGCCUCCAGCUCAGAGCUAACCAACCCAGCCAGUAACCUGUCCACGGUGGCGGUGCUGCCAGUGUGUGACGAUGUGCCCAUGGCAGCCUUCACGCUGGAGCUGGAGCAUGCCCUCAACGCCAUAGGUCCCACCCUGCUUCUGACCAGUGACAUCAUCCGAGCACGACUUGGUGCCUCAGCACUGGACAGCAUCCAAGAGUACCGGCUGUCGGGCUGGCUGGCGCAGCAGGAGGACAUCCACCGCAUUGUGCUGUAUCAGACCGACUGCACGCUGACACCCUGGACUGUGCGCUGCAUCCGCCAAGCUGACUGCAUCCUCAUUGUUGGGCUGGGGGACCAGGAGCCAGCCCUAGGCAAGCUGGAACAGAUGCUGGAGAACACAGCCGUGCGUGCCCUGAAGCAGCUGAUUCUGCUGCACCGGGAGGACGGCCCCAGCCCCUCCCGCACCGUUGAGUGGCUCAACAUGCGCAGCUGGUGCUCAGGACACCUUCACAUCAAGUGCCCACGCCGUGUCUUCUCCCGCCGGAGCCCCAACAAGCUGAGGGAGAUGUAUGCGAAGGUCUUCGAGAAGGACGCUGACCGGCACAGCGACUUCUCCCGCCUGGCACGGGUCCUGACCGGCAACAGCAUUGCCCUGGUGCUGGGAGGAGGAGGGGCCAGGGGCUGCUCCCACAUUGGGGUGAUCAAGGCCAUGGAGGAAGCCGGGAUCCCCAUUGACCUGAUUGGGGGCACAUCCAUUGGCUCCUUCAUUGGGGCUCUCUAUGCUGAAGAGCGCAGUGCUGUGCGCACCAAGCAGCGUGCCCGUGAAUGGGCCAAGAGCAUGAACUCCGUGUUUGAGACGGUCCUGGACCUCACCUACCCCAUCACCUCCAUGUUCUCCGGCUCGGCCUUCAACACCAGCAUCAACAAGGUCUUCCAGGACAAGCAGAUUGAGGAUCUGUGGCUCCCCUACUUCAACGUGACGACGGACAUCACAGCCUCGGCCAUGCGGGUCCACAAGGACGCAGGCAGUGUGUGGCGCUACGUCAGAGCCAGUGCAUCUUAUCCCCCCUACCUGCCUCCUCUCUGCGACCCCAAGGACAGCCACCUGCUUGUGGACGGCUGCUAUGUUAACAAUGUCCCAGGCUCACUGUGGCGGUAUGUGCGAGCGAGCAUGACCCUUUCCGGGUACCUGCCGCCACUCUGUGACCCCAAGGAUGGCAACUUACUGAUGGACGGUGGCUACAUCAACAACCUGCCAGCGGACAUUGCCCGGAACAUGGGCGCCAAGACAGUGGUCGCCAUCGACGUGGGCAGCCAGGACGAGACUGACCUCUGCAACUACGGGGACAGCCUCUCCGGCUGGUGGCUGCUGUGGAAACGCUUCAAUCCCUGGGCCCAGAAGGUUAAGGUGCCCGACAUGGCAGAGAUCCAGUCGCGCCUGGCCUAUGUGUCGUGUGUGCGCCAGCUGGAGGUAGUAAAGUCGAGCUCCUACUGCGAAUACAUUCGCCCGCCCAUCGACCGCUUCAAAACCAUGGACUUUGGCAAGUUCGAUGAGAUCUACGACGUGGGCUACCAGCACGGCAAGGUGGUGUUCAGCGGCUGGAGCCGCGGCGACAUCAUUGAGAAGAUGGUGAAGGACCGGCGCUCGGCCGACUUCUACGAGAGCAAGCGCAUGGAUGUGCUGACUUGCCCCAGCGCAGGGUUCACUGAUCUGGCCGAGAUUGUGUCUCGCAUUGAGCCGGCCAAGAGCUACCUGUCCGAUGGCUACGCUGAUGGUGAGGAAUCUGACUACCUGACGGAGUACGAGGAGGAAGGGCUGGACCCUGCGCGGGGAGAGGAGGAGCUGUUAGCGCCGGCUGAGUGGACCCACACUGAGGUAUUUGAGACUAAGCUCUGGCCUCUGCUCCCUGGGAAGGUGUGCCAGCUGGGCAAAGCACCGCCCACACUCAGCACAGGUGUGGGGUCGGGCGCCUGUGUGGCCCCGCUGGUGCCGCAGGAGGUUGGCCCGGUCAGCAAAGGCACGGCCGCAGUCAGGGCAGGUGUGGGGGCGCUGGCCAGCGUGGGCACUGCGCUGGUGCUGGCGCAGCCGGUGCCGGAGCAGGUGGGCUCGCUGGCGGAAGCGGCGGGGGCAGUCAGGACAGGCAUGGGGGCGUUCGACACUGUGUCUCUGCAAGUGCCGUGCCAGCGUGGAGCGCAGCCCGAAGCUCUUGCCGCAGUGAGCGCAGGCAUGGGGGCGCUGGCUGGCGUGGGCGCCCUGCUGGUGCUGCACCAGGGCCCCGACAAAGCCCGCUCUCAGCUGCUGAUCGUGGACCGGAGCUUCGACCUGGUGUCCCCACUGCUGCAUGAGCUCACCUUCCAGGCCAUGGCCUACGACCUGCUCAGCAUCGAGAACAACACCUACAGGUACGAGACAACGGGCACCAGCGACUCGCGGGAGAAGGAGGCGCUGCUGGAUGAAGAUGACGAACUCUGGGCGCAGCUACGCCACAUGCAUAUCGCUGACGUCUCCCAGAAGGUGACUGAGCUGGUGCACACCUUCUAUGAGAGCAAGAGGCUGACCAUGGACAAGGGGGCUCUGUGUGCUGGGAGAGGCCGGGAUCUCACCACCGCCUCCCUCCAGGCUGACAUCGAGGACCUGUCCCAGAUCCUGAAGAAGCUGCCCGAGUACCAGAGAGAGCUGAACAAGGUAACGGGGCUGGAGCUCCCCCGUUUCGGGCAUUGGCACAAGAGCAAGCCAGCGGCCGAGUACCGGACGGGCCCGCGCCUCAUCAUCUACGUGCUGGGUGGGGUGUCCAUGUCUAAGAUGCGCUGCGCCUACGAAGUGACCCAGGCCACGGAGGGCAAGUGGGAGGUGGUGAUCGGUUCCAGUCACAUCCUGACCCCCAAGCGCUUCCUGGAUGAUGUCCAACCCCCCGACCAGCUGGCCCCCAAGGAGGCCUAG